AUGGCAUCGAUGUCCAGCAACGCUUUUCAAGCCGGCAGGGCUGAAGCUGAAGCAUCAAGCCGUUCAUCUGAUGUCUCAGCCGUAUGGAAACCGCCGAACGCGACGCUGUCCUCGACCAGACGACGACGCAUCCACUGGAGGGCCCCGACGCUGAUGGCCUCGUCGUUCAUCGCUGCCCUCAUUGGCGCAGUGUCACACCACAUCCUGUACUCGUGCGUCGACGGGCGCGCCAUCACCUUCGACUUUGAGCAGCAGGUGGUCACCUCGGCCGGGUCUGCGCUGGCAUUCGUGGUCAAAGUGCUCUUGGCCACCUCGUCGUCCAUCGCAUUCACGCAGUGCAUGUGGUCGUCGAUGAGAUCGCAAUGUGUCGAGGUGCGAUCGAUGGACUCGCUCUUUAGCGUUCUGGGGAAUCCGUUCGUGCUCCUGGAUCUGCGCUUCUGGCUUGGGCACCCUAUCUUGACCCUGACUGCAGCCACCACUUGGCUUGUACCACUGUCCGCAAUCUUCACCCCAGCAACGAUUUCCGUGGGACCCAAGGUCCAUGCCAGCGCUGUAACGACCAACGUUGCUCAACGGAAUGACUAUCUGGCCAACCGGAUCAACACGGCGAGCGACGGCUCGUGGCUGUACCCCGGCGUGUCGACCAUGUUGAACUACCUGAGCCAGCUGAGCCUGGUCGAAGCCAGCCUUCUCCCCGUGUCCGGCGGCUCCUCGAACCAGAAUCUCACGUAUACGCAAAGCUUCUACGGCCCCGCGGUGCAAUGCCUGCCGCCCUCCAACGAGACGCGCUCAUUCAUCGUCUCGGCCAUGGACGACUCGAUCAACGAGACAGGCGACUUCCUCUUCUGGACCUCCUUCUACCCCGUUGGGGAUUUCGGCCCGGACAUGAACGGAACAUUCUUCAACAACAUUCUCAGUGCCGCAAGCGCCGUCGAUCCCAACCUGGGCCUGGAUUUGAUUUCCGAGGAUGCCGCCAAGGUGUAUCACACGCUGUACCUCUCGGACAACAUGACCGUCAUCCCAAACGCUGAGGGGUAUCUGCAGAUUCUCGAGUGCUCGCUGCACAACGCCUCGUACGAUGUCCAGUUCGAGCUCCACGGCGACGGCCAACAGACCAUCACGGCGGCGCGGACCCUGCUCGAGCCCGUGCCGGCCACGCUCUCGCUGCCCGGCAGCGUCUCGGAGUCCGCAGCGGCUCAGAUGUUUGAAUACUUCACCCUGAUGCAGUCGUACGUGGUGUACGUGAUCGGCGCCACCCUGACGACUCCCAUGUAUGCCUCGGACUGGCACAGUACACAGUUCAGCAGCUUGGUGGCCAGCCCGGCCAUCAUGCCCUACCUCCUCCCGUCUUCUGGCGGCCCGGUCAACUUCGCCGAGUUCGCUGCCGCGCUGGAGAAUCUAUUCCACAACUUCACCCUGAGUUAUCGGUUUGGGGAAGUGCCAGACACGACCUUGGGCAGCGCCGCACAAUUCAACGCACAAGUCACCACCCCGGCCACACUGCGCCGCUCGCUCAACACCUUCGCCUACAACCCGCGGACGCUGUUCAUCGCGUACGGCGCCGCGAUCACGCUCUCGGCGGCGUGCCUGGCCUGUGGCGUGGCCGCGCUGUAUAGCAACGGCGUGAGCUACACGAACAACUUCUCGACCAUCCUGCGCGUGACCCGCGACGCGCGGUUCGACGCCUUCGUCCGCGACGAGGAAGACCGUGGCGGCGCGGACCCGCUGCCCAGUCACAUUGCGGACGUGGUGGUUACGUAUAUCGGGGAGAGGGAGGCGGCGGAGACGGCGUUGGCGGGCGACGACCAGACGAUAGGAGACGGAGGGGGAAUGCCCGGUGAAACUCGCAAGGACAACGAUGGCUUCAUUGGUGGAAUCAAAGUGCUCGACUGA